AUGGCCACCUUCCAGAAUGGCGCAGCUCCUGCGCGAGUUCUCGAUGAUAGCGAUGUGGAGGAGGAAGCCCUGGUCGCCGACUACCAGGAGCAGGUCCAGUAUGAGGACGGGGCCGAUCUCUCCCAGGUCAACUCCUUGACCAUGGCCCAGCAGACCGACGAUAUCCAGUCACGACUUGCCGCCGCCGCCCAGCCCCUCGACUUCGCCGCCCCCCUCGAGGUCAAGUUCCAGAGCUACGACUCCUACUGCAGUCUGUUCCACUUCAUCCUCAACUCUGAGGGCCCCGUUGACCUCGAGCCCCCAUCUUAUUACUGGGCUUGGGAUGUCAUCGACGAGUUCAUCUACCAGUUCAACUCCUUCUCCUCCUACCGUAUGCGAAUCGCAAGACAGGCCAACAACGAGGAGGAGAUCCAGAACCUGCGCGAGAACCCCAACACGUGGGGUUGCUACAGCGUCCUCAACGUGCUCUACUCCCUGAUCCAGCGGUCCAACAUCCUGGAGCAGCUGGCUGCCGGACGUCGCAAUGAGGACCCCAUGGCAGUUGCCGGCGAGUACGGAACCAAGAGCCUCUACCGCAUGCUAGGGUACUUCUCCAUCAUCGGCCUGCUGCGCGUCCACUGCCUUCUUGGCGACUUCAGCCUCGCCCUCAAGACUCUCGACGACAUCGAGCUCAACAAGAAGGCCAUGUUCGCCCGUGUCAUGGCUGCCCACUUCACGACCUACUACUAUGUUGGUUUCUCCUACAUGAUGAUGCGCCGCUACGCCGACGCCAUCCGCAUGUUCAGCCACAUCCUCGUCUAUGUUUCGCGGACCAAGCAAUUCCAGAAGAGUGCCCAGUACGAUUCUAUCACCAAGAAAAACGACCAGAUGCUCGCCCUGAUCGCCAUCUGCGUCGCCUUCCAGCCUACUCGUCUGGACGACACCAUCCACACGGCGCUGCGCGAGAAGUACGGUGACCAGCUGCUUAAGCUGCAGCGCGGUGGACCUGAGUCCCUGCCCAUCUUCGAGGAGCUCUUCCGCAACGCUUGCCCCAAGUUCAUCUCCCCUGUUCCCCCAGACUUCGACAACCCGGAGUCCAACAUCGACCCCAUCGAGCACCACCUGUCCAUCUUCAUGGAUGAGGUCAAGACCAACAUGUGGAGCCCCACUGUCAAGUCCUACCUGCGUCUUUACACCACCAUGGAUCUCAAGAAGCUGGCCGGCUUCCUCGACGUCCAGCCCGAGGAGCUUCGGUCAUGGCUUCUUGUUACGAAGCAGCGAACCAAGCAGCUGAGGUGGACAGAGCGCGGUCUCCUCGACGGCGAGUUGAUCAACGUCAGCGACUUGGACUACGCUAUGCAAGGUGACCUGAUCCACGUGUCGGAAGCCAAGGUCGGUCGCAAGCUUGUGGACUGGUACCUGCGUAAUCUUUCCCGCACUUACGCGUGA